GGGGGCGUGGCCGGGGGCGGCUGCGUCAUGACUCCGCCAGCUGAUCCGGGACGGAGCCGGCGCGCGGCGGGGGGAGGCGGCGGCACCGGCACCGGGCACGGCCUGGGCGGCACCGGCGGGGCGGCGGCGCCGGCGCCGGGCCAAGUCGGGCCCGGCCGGGCCCAGCCGAGCCGCACAGGAAGUGGCUGGCUCCUGUCCAGGUGGGACCCUGCCAGCGCUGAUGGAUGCCCGAGGUGCUGCUGUGCCACCCUGCUCCUGGCUAACCAGCACCAGUUCUUCAGUGGCAAGCUUUAUGUCCUUCUCCAGUAGCUAAAGCUGCCAGUUGAAGAACUGUUGAAUGUAGCCACUCUCUUCUCGUCACCGGGACCUUGGAUGCCAGCCAGAGCCGUGCCCUGAGUGACCCAGAUGAGCCACUCUGCAGCGUCCUGUGGAUUGGAGGGCUGAGGAUGAGUCCAGCCAGGAUGAAGAAAGUCUCCUCAAAGCCUCCAGACAGAGCCUUGGCUGGAGGAUUCCAGGCAGCCCUGCUGGCACGGCUGCCUAACUGUGUCCCCCUCCUCAGUGGGGUGGCACUGAGCUGGGAGGUGACUGGAGGAGACUGAGAGAGGCAUUAAACAUUGUUUUGCUCAA